GUAUGUCACAUGCUCUAUUGUCAUCACAUUCUCAGCAUGUGCUGGUCUUGCAAAAUGAGGAACUUAAUACACUAGAAAUGCAGACAGACAGCUGAAAUACAUGCUCUCUGGAUUUAAAACGAAUAGAAGAAAGAAAAGGAGUGAUGAGCAGAAUGCAUUCGAAGGAUCUCUGUAUGUCCAGCAUGGCAGCGCUGACUGUCCUGAUGUCACUGUGUAUCAGAGAGUGUAAUCCAAUGCCAGAUCCCCAUCAGAGGGAUCUGAUGCUGAAGCAGGACAUGUCCCAGCAGGUAGGGGGCAGAGUGGAGCUCACUGCUGCUGAACAGCAACUGGAUUCACUCCUGCACAAUCUGAAGCUGAAAGAAAUGGCUGCUUCACCUUUCCCACCAUCCAAGCACUUCUUCAAAGUCCGGCACAUCGUGCAAAAAAGUCCUGUCUUCAAACUGCUACAGAAAAUGCCAAAGGGUGCUGCUCUUCACAUCCACAGCACUGCUAUGGUGAGUGUGGAUUGGCUGGUGUUGAAUGCAACGUACAGGCCUCAUUGUUACAUCUGCUUCAAGUGGGACGGCUCAGUGCAGUUCCUUUUCUCCACCAAUACGCCCUUUCUGCGAUGGGGAUGCUCUUUUUGGAAAUGCCUAGAUGUGCUUAGAGCAAGUCUGAGUGAUGUCACUGCCUUUGAUAAGAGUUUAAUGCGGAAUCUUACACUCUUCACGGAAGACCCGGAGAUGUCUUAUCCAACACAAGAUGCAGUAUGGGACAGGUUUGAGAAGACUUUUUUGGCUCUAUCUGGGCUGAUCACAUAUGCACCUGUCUUUAAGGACUAUAUCUACCAGGCUCUGAAGGAGCUUUACGAAGACAACAUCAUGUACCUGGAGCUGAGGGUUGGACAGUCCAAGGCAUAUGAACUUGACGGCACCACCCAUGACAGAGCGUGGUCUCUGGAGGUCUACAGAAACAUUACUGAGCAGUUCAGAGCAAAUCAUCCAGAUUUCAUCGGAUCUCGUGUAAUCUUCUCUGUCCACAGGUCUCUUAGUGUGUCUCAAGUGAAGCAGGCAGUAAAAGAGGCCAUUGAAAUGCAGAGAAAAUAUCCAGAUAUCGUUGCUGGUUUUGACCUGGUAGGUCGUGAAGACACUGGAAGAUCUAUCUGGUACUUACGAGAUGCCUUAUCACUACCUUCAGAGAUAAAGGCGCAACUUCCUUUCUUUUUCCAUGCUGGAGAGACAGAUUUGGAUGGUACAGAUGUGGACAGGAAUGUGUUAGAUGCUCUGCUGUUUAACACCAGCCGCAUUGGACAUGGUUUUGCGCUGGUCCAUCAUCCCCUGGCCAAGCAGCUGUCAAGGACGAGAGGAGUGGCGGUGGAGCUGUGUCCCAUUUCCAAUCAGGUGCUAAAACUGGUCUCAGAUUUGCGAAACCAUCCCGCUGCUGUACUAAUGUCAGAUGGUCAUCCCAUAGUGGUGAGCUCUGAUGAUCCCACCUUAUUCGGGACCACAGGACUGUCUUAUGAUUUCUACCAGGUCUUUGUGGGUAUUGGUGGGUUGAGCGCAAACCUGGGGACUCUAAAGGAACUUGCGAUGAAUUCAAUCAGGUACAGUUCUUUGUCGCCACAACUACAGGAUAAAGCUUUUACGAUAUGGAAGGAAAAGUGGAACAAAUUUGUGGCAGAAAAUUCAUAACCAUGACAAACAGAAAAGGAAAAGAGAGGAUUGUAUUUUUUAUUAUUACUUGUCUUUUGAAACUAAGGGGAUUGAAAAUUUUAUUAUUUGAUUGUAUUAUAGGUUGAUUGUCUCUAUGAGGUUUGUCCAAAGCAUUUAUAACACAAACUGAGUUUCCUGCAGAAGUCCUAAAUUACAUACUGUAUACUCCAGUGCUGGUUUCUACACUUCUUCAUAUUAGUUAAUGUUAGGACAAAUUAAGCCAUUAUUUUCUGAAUUUCAGAGUAUAUACCUGGUAAUGUUUUCAGAAAUAAUUUCUUGACUUAAUAAUAACAUAAAAUAAAAUACAAAUAAUAAGUGUCUUAUGCUCACCAGGGGUGAGUUCAUGUGAUUAACACAUAGUUUAAACAGUGAAAUUGCGGCUUAAGCACCUGCUUGAGCACCUGCCCCUUUGCCCCUUGGUGCCCAAAGUGGCCUUUUGUUUUUUUGUAAUAACAUGCCCUUUUGUGAAUGCCUGCCCGUGCCCAAAUCUAAAUAUUAGUAAAAUGUAUUAAUAAUAAUUUAGCCGUAAAUAAAAUGACCCUCAUGAUGACCUUUCACCUGACGACAACAACCUAAUUUCUGAAUAUUUUUUACAGUGUAUGAAACAUGACUAUUUUUACACAGUCUCUUUGAGUUCAUAGCUGCAUUCACAUUUUUACCACUAACACUCCAGCAUGUUAGCUGUAUUUAUAUAGAUGUAUUAUAUCUAGCUUUUCAAAAGUUCUGAAUUACAUUCUGUAUCUUCCAGUGUUGCUUUCUGCAGUCCUGAAGAAAAACUAUUUUCAUACUUUCCUAUCUGGUCGCGCUGAUCUCCAGACAAUGUUUGUCUCUCUGUUCUGUAGGGCCUGGCCCUGAAAACAAACAAGAAUAAAAAAAAUUUCCAAGCAAUGUUUAGAUUGUAAUAUAACAGUAUCCUA